AUGAGGACCAAUUUUGUAAGAGGCCAGGGACACUUACACUUGAGACGGAAUACGGAACAGCACACACCAGGUGUGAAAGUCCAAGUCAAACGUAGAAAGACAGCCUCAUUGAGCAACCACGGGUGUCAGCUGUCCCUGAGGCGAUCUCAGCAGCAGCAAGUGCCUGCGGUGGGAUUCCAGGGGGAACCAAGGCAGGCAUUCUUAGCUGAGACACCAAGAGGCGGUUGA